AUGGCGAGUGGGUGGGUCAAAUCGUUACAGUGCAAGUCGAAAGCUUUCGAUGAUGUUUACAAUCCGAUUAAAAUCCCAAACCCGAAUCAGAAUCCGAAACAGCUGUUGUCAAGUUACAGCUGCAGGAGAAGCACACAGAAUCUAAAAGACGUGAUCGAUACCAAAAAACAAAAACCUAAACCGAAAAAACCCAAUCCAAAACCGGAGAAACAAGAACCCGAGCCGGUUCGAACUCAUUCCACCCGUAUUCGAUUAUCCGGCGAUUCCGCGACUCGAGCUCGUGACCCGUUUUUACCGACACUGACGGAGCUUGCGGAAGGGCAUCAGUCGCGGAAUGUGGUGGAGAUAAUUUUUCAGACGAGCUGGGGCCCGAAACCGUUUUCGGGUCGGAUCGAUAUGAUCUUCAAAGUGCAAAACGGGUCAAAGACUUUGACCCGGUUCGAGGAGUAUCGUGAAGCCGUGAAAAUUAGGAGCGUGGGGAAAGCGCGUGAAGAGAACGCGCGUUCGGUUGCCGACGGAAACGAGACGAUGAGGUUUUAUUGUUUGGGUCCUAGUUACGGCGGCGGAGCGUGGGGAAUUCUCGGAGGAAAAGACGGCGGCGCGUCGGUAUAUACCUUCGCCGGGAGUUGCACGGCGCACGAUAAGGCAGGCGGAGGGAAAGGGAGGAAGGCAAUGUUGGUUUGCCGGGUUAUAGCGGGUCGGGUCUCUAAGCAAAACGAGUUACGGUACGACUCGGUCGACUCGGAUAUUCGAUCUCGGUUUGACUCAGUGAGUGGUGACGACGGCGAGUUGCUCGUGUUCGAUACACGUGCAGUAUUGCCUUGUUUUCUCAUAAUCUACCGGCUGUAA